AGAUAGAGGAACUCUGGUCCACGUUAUGUUUUCCAGCUCUCAGUCUUUAAUUUCCGUAUGAAUUUCAUCUGAAGACAGGGCAAAGACAGGUCCAAGUGUCCUGAGACCCGUCUCUGAAUUGUUUAUGACGUGCAGUCUCCGUUUGGUCAGAUGGACACCAUGAAAACUGUAGCUCAACAGAUGUUUUGGAAGAAACUUUUCUGUAGAAAAAAGCCAAAUGAUGCUGUGGAGGUACAUCUGUCCAAUAUUGAGACAGCAGCUCAGAUGGACAACAUCCAGCAUUUGUCCAGCCCUUUCUCCAAUGUGGAGUCUGUCAGAGCGAGCGGUCACCACAUGGAGGCAGUGAUAGAAAGGGCCCACCAUGGUGGUGGAUGGCUCCUGUCUGGCAUCAUUUGCAUCAACAUCCUGAUCCUGGGCUGUGCUCUGGUCAGCGGCAGUGCCUUCAACAGCGUAGCCAUUACUGCUGUGCACAGGCAAAUCUUCCUCAUCAUUCUCCUCCUCCUCACAAUGCUGUGGAUGCUGUUUUACACAGUCGACACCUCUCGAAGGGAUCAAGCAGUUUUGUUCAAAGAUAGCCAUGCAAGGCCUGUGUGGUUGGCAGCUGGACUUUUGCUGUUUGGGAUUCUCAGUCUCCUCAUGGACAUCUUUAAGAUUGCUACUUAUGUGGGAUACCUUCACUGCGACUCUGCUGUUAAAGUUGCCUUCCCUGUCGUGCAAGCUGUUUUUCUGUUUGUCCAGACAUACUUCCUGUGGGUUCAUGCAAAAGACUGUGUGCAGCUACACACAAAUUUUACACGGUGUGGGCUUACUCUUACACUUUCAACUAAUCUUGUGGUUUGGAUGGCUGCUGUCACUGAAGAAUCUAUUCACCAAACGGAGAUUCCUGAACUGAAUGUCAAUGUCUCGCACAAGAUGUACAGAGCCAGCUACAGUGAAAAGAAGUGUCAAUGCAGUCAUUCAGCAUGCGACACCUUCAAAGAGGCCUUCUACUACCUGUACCCCUUCAACAUUGAAUACAGCCUCUUUGCUUCAGCUAUGGCCUACAUCAUGUGGAAGAAUGUUGGUCGACUUGUGGAGGAUCCCAAGCACCACAGCGUUAAGUUAAGUCCAAAGGAUGUGUGUUUGGGCCCCGCAAUGGGAAUACUUCUGGUGGUUGGAGGACUUGUAACAUUCAUAUUGUAUGAGGUGGACAUACUAAAAGAGGACGAGAAUAAUAGAAACAAGGCCCUGCUGAUUCAUUUCAUCACGAAUAUAGUGAUUGUGAGCCUAAUGUGCCUCUCUACCGUGAUCGGCUGCAUCGUCUACAGGCUGGACCACAGGGAGCAUGUCUCUGAGAAAAACCCCUCUCGCAGUCUAGAUGUGGGGCUGCUGGUGGGAGCAUCCAUGGGACAGUUCAUCAUCAGCUAUUUCACCAUUGUGGCCGUUGUGGCGACGGGAGCCAGAGGGUACCUGAAUACCCUUAAUUUGUCGUGGGCUGUGCUGACAGUACUCCAGCUUGGCCUGCAGAACUAUUUCAUCAUAGAAGGCCUGAACAGGGAGCCCUUCCAUGUGAUGCAGGAGGCGGCUUUGCACACAAACGCUCACGCCUUCCAGGAACAUACAGAGAUGAGCGCUGUUGUAGAGUGCAACAAGUCCAGCUACUCUCUGACUUCUAGCCUUGAUAAGCCUAGUUGGAAAAGACGAGUGCUGAAGGAAGUCUGUGCCUUUCUUCUGUUUGCUAACAUCAUACUGUGGAUCAUGCCUGCUUUUGGUGCUCGUCCCCAGUUUGAUCAUCCCAUCGAGAUUAAAUUCUACAAAUUCACAAUGUGGGCGGCCAUCGUGAAUAUUGGACUUCCUUUUGGAAUCUUCUACCGCAUGCACUCCGUCGCCAGUCUGUUUGAGGUGUAUUUGAUGUCUUAGAUGGACUUGUUUUUUAACGUGGAGAGUAACUUUAUAAUGGUCUGUUUUAUUAUGUUUAAAUUUAACUUGCUAUAAAUAAUAAAUUUUAAUUUAAAAGAAAA